AUGUGGAACGAAGCUGUUGUAAAUGUGACUGGUCCUUCUAUGGUUAACGGUAGUAGUAGCAGUACCCAACAGGACUAUAAGGUGUGGGCCAGCCUGUUGGGUGGGUCCUGUGGCAGCGCGACGGCGAAGACGGCGACGGCCCCAUUGUCGAGGUUGACCAUACUCUACCAGGUGAGCUCGAUGGGGGCCUCCAAGACGGUGCACUCCCAGGAUUCGAUAUAUAGGACCAUGAAAAAUAUAUUGGAGAAAGAGGGAAUUACGAGCAUGUGGCGAGGUAACCUCGUAUCGGUGAUCCACAAGUUUCCAUAUGGUGCCAUAAAUUACUACGUUUACGAGAAAGCAAAGAUUCUAAUGCGGCCGUACUGGUUGUCGCCGACCGACCCAGGGAUAUCAUGCCGGUUCCUGGCCGGAUUUAUGGGAGGCUGCGCUGCCAACGUAAAUAGCUCAUACCAAAAUUUGCACGAAUCCUCUCCUUUCCAGGUCGCUACCUAUCCGUUGGAUUUGGUCAGAACUCGUUUAGCGACCAAUGACACUCUCCGAAAUUGGGGUAUCAUACCAACACUUCGCGAGAUCGCGCGGACGGAAGGCCUGAGCUCCCUUUUCAAAGGCCUGGGAGUAACAAUAUGGUGCCAAGGGCUGAACAUAGCGCUUAAUUUCGCCAUUUAUGAAACUCUUCAGGUGCUCGGCAUGAGCUCAUUCAAUGCCCUUGAGAAGCAGAGGGGCACUUGGUUGUCGAGUCUCCUUUGCGGGGCAAUGGCGGGCUCAACAGCUUCUAUGAUCAUUUUCCCUCUGGACCUCAUACGUCGCCGCCAACAGAUGUGCGUGGGAGUGGCCGCGCCCAGUUUUUUGACAGUCGCCCGGCAGAUUGUGAAAGCGGAGUCCAUUCGGGGACUCUAUCGCGGCUUGAUUCCCGAGCUAAUUAAAGUAAUCCCGGCAGUCGGCAUCAACUUUUACGUCUACGAGUUGGUCCGCCAGGAGGUUUUGGGGGUAGAGAUAAGCCCGCGGGUCAGCCUUGACCGAUGUCCUCUUCCUCUCCUUCCUCGCCUAGUCAAGCACUGGGAUGCAAUGAAGAUGGACGGGGGGAGCAAACGGAAGGCUGGUAUGAGGCUUAUGGAUAAACUAGAGGGGGGCUCGUCGAAACGACAGGCAACAGGAGACGACGACCAGCAGCAGCAGGGGAGGAAGGAUGAGUGUCCUCACGACCUGGUCUGGCAAGGGAUGUGUGCCACUUGCUGUGCUAUAGUGGAUAGCACUGAGCUAGGGAAGGGAGAUGCCGGGCCGGGCCAUAACGCUGGGUCGUCGUCUGGGGUCAAUGCUUGGAAGGAAGACCCCCUCUCGCUGGAGGACGAUGACCUUUCUGCUGAUGAUGACGAUAGUGAAGGGCCUCAAGAGGAGUCCGUCGUUGAUAGUGAUGAGGAACGACGGGCGGCCCUCGAGAAAGGCGGCUACUAUGCUACCGAAUUCCUCAGUGCUGAUGCUGGUAUCAGAGUGUCCGCUGCUUUCGCUGCGUCAUUGGAGUCGUCUACGAUACGUACAUUAGCAGCCUCUAAAAGGCUAGUAGCUGUUCUUGACAUUGACCAUACCAUCCUACAUGUCACCAACAAGAGGAUCGACCUCCUUUUCCCGGAUGUAACCUGCUAUAAUCUAGCGCCCAAUAGGGAUACGGGCAGGCUUGACGAGGAAAAGGUGUAUCAGUUCUUCAUCGGGACCAGCCCUACGACAACGGCGUGCUGCUAUCUUAAGCUUAGACCCGGGUUUUACACAUUCCUGGAAGAAAUACUCCCGUUGUAUGAGCUCUAUCUCUAUACACACGGCACCAGGGAGUACGCGAUCCGACUCCUCAAGGCCCUUGACCCCUCCGCACGAUACUUUGGCUCGCCGCCACGGUUGAUUGCGCGACCCACUCAGUCAGCCCUAACGUGCAAGACUCUGUCGAGGAUAUUCCCGUCGAACCACCGGCUAGCUGUGAUUGUGGACGAUCGGGACGACGUGUGGGAGGCCAAGGACAACGAGCACAGCCUCAUCAAAGUGACCCCUUAUGUUUUCUUCCCGGAUUCAGAGAGGCUCCGAGUGUCCCUCGAAGGUCAACUGAACGCCAUUAUAGCGGCGGGCGCUGGCAAGCGCGCCAUGGCCCCCUUGGCCGAGUACCACCACCCAGCGGACGCCAGCAGCUCGGCAGUCCCGACCCCUCCCGAGGAAGGAGCACCACCACGGGAUCGAAAGUGGCUCGAAAUGGCCGAGUCGGAUAGGCAGCUGCACUAUGUGACGGAAAUGCUGCGAAAUAUUCAUACACGGACUUAUGCGGCGGCCCAGCUGGCCACGGGUGUCGGCGAUGAACUUGAUGCCACCAAGUUGGAUGUUCGACCCGUUAUACCGGCGAUCCGGGAGCAAACAUUGGAGGGGCUCAGGGUUGGGCAUUCUGGUCUAGUCCCCAGCAACUAUUGGGACCCUGCUCAGCAUCCUGUCAUACGCCUACUCCAUAGACUUGGGGCCACUGUGGUCACUGACAUAGCGGGGCCACGAGCAGGGCUAGACAGCUCGUCACGUCCGCCUAUAGAUGUCCUUGUUGCGAGCAAUACUGAGACUAGGAAGGCCCAACAGGCAAUGGAGAUGGGAGUUCCAGUUGUCCAUGUGUGGUAUUUACUACAUGCCCUAGCAACCUGGCAACGACCCAAGUUCGGCCCCUUCAAACUGAGUUCUAUCGAGGCCACUCCUAUGCGUGUCCAUUGGCAAGCACCGCAACUGUACACCAAAGACCCUCACGACAGUGAGGCCGACGCAAGCCCGGCCCGGCGAAGGCCCAACGAUCUGCUCACCACUGUGGCAACGGUGGACAGCAGUAGCGAGGAGGGCUUCGUGGGUGGUCUCACUGUAGACGAGGACGACCUGUUGGCGGCAUUGGAAGGGGAUAGUGAUUCUGACGAUCAAGGUCAGGGAUGA